GGUAAUGUAAUGAAAUUCAUUCAACAAUUUCUAUCAUAAAAUGUAAUAAUUAUUACCUACGAACUAAUUAAAAAAUGAUCUAUGACAAACUAACAAUUAUCUUAAAAAAAUAAAGAAUCACAUAUAUCAAGUGUUAAAAGCGGAUACAAUCAACAAUUAUCAAUAUAACAAAAAUACGAUCGUAAAGAAGAAUUUUCCUCAACAUGACAUCAUGCAUGACGGACGGAUAACCAAUAAUGAUCCGCUCGAAGUCGGAAGAAAGCAUUGGUGCGGUUACUCCUAUCGGGAAAAGACAUCCUAUUCAGCCGGGUACGGCAUACUAUGCCGCGAUCGGUGAGUCAAGUCAUUCAAGUCAAUCAGUUCAGUAUCGGUGAGUGCAUCAAUCAGCAUGCAUCCGCGACCAGUCAGUUCCUUGAUACCACCAAUACAAAUAAUAUUCCUUCUGCUAUUUACAACACCCGGUUCCACCACUCGUCCCGUCUACCUGUUCGAAAUUCCGCGGAAGUGUUGCUCCUCAACCAGUUACUUCAAUGAACACCUGGAAUGUAUUGCCCGAAUCAACGGAACCUGGACCCCCAAAGUGUUCCUGAAAAAAUUUUCCUGGACCUAUUCUUCAUCGCCAUCACCACUUUCAUCACCAAACAUCGUAAGCUCCAAGUGUCACUUCAACAUCAGCGAAUCCCUAUUCCUUAACGAUAACUCCAAAGCUUCGAAUUAUUCACAAAUGAAGCUCGAAAUGGGCAAUAAUUUUUGCGUAGAGGAAACCAUGAAUGGAACCACAGUCUUAGCCAAAUGUUUGUUCAGGGAGAUCCACGAACAGAUCUACACCCUGGGUGCAGUGAUUUUCUGGGGAGCGCAGACCUACAUGUCAACAAAUAUUGCCCACGUAAUUUUGUGUACCAUCGUAGUGAUUAUCUAUUUAUCUGUUCCGCGACUUCAACGCGGUGUUUACAAUCGAUGCGUUGUCAGGCAUAACAUCUGCUUAAUGAUGGCUGGAGUAGUUCUGCAGAUUCUCGGUUUCUGCGAGCUCGGCAACUGCCAGUUCAACGACUAUUUGAUGAUCCUGUCAUGGUUGGUGCUUCAGUACUUCACAAUCGCGACCGCCCUGUGGUUGAACGUUGUAUGCUAUGACAUGACCCUAGCGAUCACCAAAUUUCGAUGGAUGACAGGAGCAGGUCAGUUUGACAAUGUUGACGAAAAGCGUAAAAUCUUUGUCUACGGACUCUUCUCUUGGGGAGGGUCUUUGGUACCGGUAAUAUUAGCCGGACUCUGUGAUUACAUUCCUGCGGUUCCAAAAAACUUUAUUUUGAAGCCAAAUUACUUGAACUUUCGCGAUGGACCCAGCCCAAUUGUAAAUUUGUACUUUUUCCUAGUACCUGCGUUUACUUUGUUGCUGAACAAUGUUCUAUUUGUGUACACCACAUUCAAGAUUAUCAAGAUUCAGCGCAGCACGGAGAUUGCAACUGCGAAUCAAACGAAUUUGUUGAAGAAAAAGUACUUUUUGUUCUUGAGAUUGUAUUUGCUGAUGGGCGCACCGUGGUUUUUUGGAAUGGUGCUUGCAUGUUUGAACAAGUUGGUUCUUUUGAAGACCUGUAGGCUGAUUCAACCCUCGCUUUGGUUGCUAAUUCUUGCGACUCACAAAAGUGUUAUUUUGAAAGUUAAGUCGCUGUCUGCAAAUUAUAAACGAAGAAAAAGUAGCGUUACUACUAUCAGUGCUUAAAUUUGGGAAUAAAUAUAGUUUGACUGUAAUUGAAAAUUUUGGGCAAGUUUUUGAGUUAUAAAUUUGUAUAUAGUAAAUCUUGAAAAGUGCAUUUUAUA